AUGGAAGAACUAAGUAACCUUUCAUCACGACGUAAUUCAACAUCGAUUGAUGGAAAACAAAUCAUUUGGACAUUGACUACUCGUUUGAAUGCACAUAUGAAAAGUGAACCAUUGAAAAGACGAGAACAGUUAAAACAACCGCCACGUUUAAAACAAAAACAACAAAUAAAUGGAUGUUUACCUAAUGAAUCAAAUAAUUUAUUCAAUAUUGAUAUAAAUAAAACUAAAAAUGAUUUAUUAUGUUUAAUACCAUCAAUGGAAUAUAAUUCAAUUGAAAGACGAGAAAAAAAACAAAUUGGAAUAGUAAAACCUUUAUUAACAAUUGAACAAGAAAAUAAUCAAUGGAAUUGUUCAGAAUUAGAAAAACUUCAAAGACGUUUUUCAGAAUUAAUUGAUGGAAAAUUUCAUGAAGAUAAAACAUUACCAAUAAAUGAAAAUUUACUUAUUCAACGUAUCGAAUCACUUUAUUCAUCUAUGGGUUCAUUAAUACAUGUAUCACCUUGUUUAAUACGUUUAUUUAUUUUAACUGAUAUUCAAGUAUGUUCAUUAGAACAAUGGAAAUUAAUUCAUCAUGGUUAUCCAAUAUGGUUAUAUAAUACUGGUUUAAAUCCUCGACGUUCAUGUGAAUUACGUUUAUUGAUUGUUGAUGAAAAAACAGGUUUUAUUCUAUGGUCUGAUCGUAUAACAUCAAUAUCAAAUAUAAUUCAACCAACAAAUUUAACACUUUCAUUUCGUCAUUCAUUAAAUAAUUCAUCAAUUAUGUUACGUUUUGAAAUAAAUGAUGAAAAACUUUUUACAAGAUUUUAUUCAUAUUUAAAACAAAAUCAAUUUUAUACAGAAAAUUUAUUAAAUCAAAAAUUUUUAAAACGUUUUAUUAAAAAAAGUGAUAUAUCACCACCAUGUCAUUUUAAACAUUUUAAUCAUAUUGAAGAAAAUCUUAUAGAUGUUCAUCAUUUAUAUUAG